AUGCAACGUUUGACCAUUGAGUGUUUGCCUUGCGAGAUCCUGGAGCAUAUUUUUCUAGAAGCGCGAGAGGUGAAUUUGGCCCGUGCCUCGAGGACCAUCGCUGCGGCAGUGUCGCAAGAGAGUAUUUAUGAUGUGUUUAUGAUAAACGCAUUCUGGAAUGAUCCGCAGGACUGUAUGCGAAGGCGCCACUUUGAUAGAGAAUAUACCUACGCGAAUCUGAGGUUCAGCAAAACCGACUACCACGAAGGCUGGCUGUUCCAACGGAAGCUACGCCCUGGCCGAUACCAGCCUUUGAGGAUUGAGGACCAAAGUGCACUUCAGAAGAGUGUUAUCUCCUGUCAAUGGUUCAACAUACAUCGCUUUCAGCGAAUUUUUCCAACCCUCCUCGCCUUGACACUCGAGGCACUGAGGCUGCAAGAGAGAUUCCGCAUUCCUAUGGUCGGAGACCAACCUCGUCAGCCUACUGCGAGCACAAAACUAGCUCCGUAUCACGUCGUUGAUCAUGCCACAACGGAUGGCUACCCAAAACGACUACGAAUCGUUGACAAUUUUGCGAUUCAAGCCACUUAUCACACCAUUGCACACGGGAAGUCCCAUAUCAUUCGCACCACGCGGAUAUUGGUUUUGCCCGAUAGGAUUCUACGGGGCCCGUGGGAUGCUGACCGAAUAAGCCUGCUAGUCAAUUUGCGUCGCGCUUUUGGAAAACGAUUAGGACCAUUUGUUUCUAAUGUGGAACGCUCGGUUCAAUCAACGAUAGCUCCCGUGUUUUGCGACCACGCCUGUUUGCAGGGCAUAGAUGUCGCUAUACGCCAGAACUCUCGAGUUGCGCUUAUGUAUCUGAUGGAGAUCAGAGAGGGCUUCCCGUCCAGUUGUACCCAUGGGACACAGAAAGUGCCACUCCCAAACCAUCUCGUCACAACGGCGAUCGAGAAUGACACGAUUGAUCCUGAAAUACUUUUCUCCCUCAUCCGGGCUCAGAUAUCUGCCGUUCGGUCGAGGUCUGAGGUGGUAGAGCGGGCAAAAUUGGCGAGUCUUCAGAGCAGUCUAGGAGCACGAUGGCUGUGGAGCUACCUUCGAGGACAGGCUUCCUGCCUCAGCGGAAUCAAAAUGUGGAACGCAAUUUGCAGAUCUCACGUCUCGGCAGAUCCUCUACUAGCCAGCGAAACUUGGGUUUGA